GCCACGCCCCUUCAAACAGCUUCCGCAGGACCUUGACCACGGAGGGGCGGUCACGUCCCCUUUAAGCCUGAGCCCCGCCCCUGACUCCCCGCCCCCUACCUUGCCCUCCCCCUCCGGCCCGCACCUGGUGCCCGGGAGGGUAGUGCGGCACGACGCUUGGAGAGAGCUGGUGGUCACCAUGGCAAUGCGUGAGCUUGUGGAGGCUGAAUGUGGGGGUGCCAACCCGCUCAUGAAGCUGGCCGGCCACUUCACCCAGGACAAGGCCCUUCGGCAGGAGGGAUUGAGGCCUGGCCCCUGGCCUCCGGGAACCCCUGCUUCUGAAGCAGUGUCCAAACCUUUGGGAGUAGCUUCUGAAGAUGAGUUGGUGGCUGAAUUCCUGCAGGAUCAGAAUGUACCACUUGUAUCCCGGGCCCCCCAGACUUUCAAGAUGGAUGACCUCCUGGCAGAAAUGCAGGAGAUUGAACAGUCAAACUUCCGCCAGGCUCCCCAGAGAGCCCCUGGUGUGGCAGAUUUGGCCUUAUCUGAGAACUGGGCCCAGGAGUUUCUUGCAGCUGGAGAUGCUGUGGAUGUAACUCAGGAUUAUAAUGAGACUGACUGGUCCCAAGAAUUCAUCUCUGAAGUUACAGACCCCUUGUCUGUGUCUCCUGCCCGCUGGGCUGAGGAGUAUCUGGAACAGUCAGAGGAAAAGCUGUGGCUGGGAGAGCCUGAGGGAACAGCUGCCGCUGAUCGCUGGUAUGAUGAAUAUCAUCCUGAGGAGGAUCUGCAGCACACUGCCAGUGACUUUGUGGCCAAAGUGGAUGACCCCAAAUUGGCUAAUUCUGAGUUCCUGAAAUUCGUGCGGCAGAUUGGCGAGGGGCAGGUGUCCCUGGAGUCCGGUGCAGGGUCGGGCCGAGCUCAGGCAGAACAGUGGGCAGCAGAGUUUAUACAGCAGCAGGGUACAUCAGAUGCCUGGGUUGACCAAUUCACAAGACCAGUAAACACAUCUGCCCUUGAUAUGGAAUUUGAACGAGCCAAGUCAGCUAUAGAGGUGAGAACACAUAGUGCAGGAGCAUGUUGUGCAAAAGUUGCGUGGUGCAGAGCCGCAGAGAUUAAGACCUGUGAUGAAAUUGUAUGGCAAAUAAGGAAGGCUGUAGCUCUCUCAUGGCAUGCAGCAACUUUAUUUCUUCCACCAAAGCUUAUAGGUUACCAGUUUGAGGAGGAGAACCCCCUGCGUGAUCACCCUCAGCCUUUUGAAGAAGGGCUGCGGCGGCUUCAGGAAGGGGACCUGCCAAAUGCUGUGUUGCUUUUUGAGGCAGCUGUGCAGCAGGAUCCUAAGCACAUGGAAGCUUGGCAGUAUCUGGGUACCACCCAGGCAGAGAAUGAACAAGAACUAUUAGCCAUCAGUGCAUUGCGAAGGUGUCUGGAGCUAAAGCCAGAUAAUCGGACAGCACUGAUGGCACUGGCUGUAAGCUUCACCAACGAGUCCCUGCAGCGACAGGCCUGUGAAACCCUGCGAGACUGGCUGCGCUAUACACCAGCCUAUGCCCACCUAGUGGCACCUGCUGAAGAAGGGGCUGGUGGGGCAGGACUGGGCUCCAGCAAGCGUAUUCUGGGGUCUCUAUUGUCUGACUCCCUGUUUCUUGAAGUGAAAGAACUCUUCCUGGCUGCUGUGCGCCUGGACCCUACAUCCAUUGACCCUGAUGUGCAGUGUGGCUUGGGAGUCCUUUUCAACCUGAGUGGGGAGUAUGACAAGGCUGUGGACUGUUUCACAGCCGCCCUCAGCAUUCGUCCUGAUGACUAUUUGCUGUGGAAUAAGCUAGGGGCUACCCUGGCCAAUGGCAACCAGAGUGAAGAAGCAGUAGCUGCAUACCGCCGGGCCCUGGAGCUUCAGCCUGGUUAUAUCCGGUCCCGCUAUAACCUGGGCAUUAGCUGUAUCAACCUUGGGGCUCACCGGGAGGCUGUGGAACACUUUCUGGAGGCCCUCAACAUGCAGAGGAAAAGCCGGGGCCCUCGGGGCGAAGGGGGCGCCAUGUCAGAGAACAUCUGGAGCACACUGCGUCUGGCAUUGUCUAUGUUAGGCCAGAGUGAUGCCUAUGGGGCAGCUGAUGCUCGGGAUCUGCCCACCCUCCUAACUAUGUUUGGCCUGCCCCAGUGACAAUGGGAUGGGCUGCCUUGUGAGUGUUUGUCUGGAGGGGUCCCCGCUCUGGACGUGACUCCCUCUCCCCAAAUGUGCCUACCAAGGGGGUGGGCUGAUGACCCUAAGCGGUACGGCCUUUCAGGAGCGGCUGCCUCAGUGUAGGAGUGGGUAGUCUGUGUUCUAGUUCCUACGUAAUUGUAGGGAAACAAGCUGUGUUGUCUCUAAGUCCCUUGGUAAUUCAAGGGCUGCACAUCCAGGCAGAUCUUUCUGCUCAUCUUGCCCUUUCUUGGUGCUGCUUUUGGGUAGGACCCAAUAAUUUAGGGUAACUGUUGUCAUCAGCUGCCAUUUCUGAUAGGUAGAAUGUCUCCCCUUUCCCCGACUUCUGCUAGGAGUUGGUAAUAGUCUAGCUCCUUGGGCAGUUGUAUGUAAGAGAUUCUUCUGCCAUGCCCCACCAUUGAUGACUAUCUGGGAUGGGACGUGUUAGGAGUUGGUCUGUUUGAUUGAAAUGUUGAUUUGGCUCAGCAGAGCUGAAUUUUGGUAGGGGUGCUCAUAGUUCUUUUGCUCUUGAACCUCUCUUGGCUUUGAACUCUGAUUCCCUGUGAGUACAGUGGUGAUACAGUAGGGCUAGUAGCAUUAAUCCUAGCGGUCCUCAGGAACUACCAGGGUCAAUUGCUACAGAGCGUGUUUGGUGUGGGGUAGGAGGAAUGCUCAUUUGUGAAAUGAACCUGGUGGGGACAGCGGGGAUCAGAUCAGGGGCUCUGUCCUGGGGCCUCUGGUGGGAGGGCAGAGCAAGUGGGAAGAGGGGUGUGAUGAGUGCAGCAAUCUGUCCUCUUAGACUGUGAGUAGGAAUUGAGCUAAAUCUUCUAGAAAGUUGGUUUAGAAAUUAUAGUCUUGCCAAAUUUCUAGCAAAGUUUAGUGUUACUAUAAGCCUUUGCUGUACUUCUUGAAAUGUUCUAGGGGAGAGCAUUGAAAAACCGUCUUCCUCCAUGUUACCUACACAAGGUGAAGAUGGAAGGAAGAUGAAGAGGAGGGAGCAGCUUGGAUUCUUCUCUUCUCACUUGUCCCCUGCACGGGGAGAUACACUGACCGCCAGAAAUGACUGCUAAGCCUCUUGCCUUGUCUUCAGUAGCUAAUGAUCAGAGGGAUGUUUUUUUUAAACUACCAUGGUCCCAAGGUUCCAUCCUGAAAUUUAUUUUUCUUUGUAUGAAUAUGUAUAAAUGAUUUAAAAUUAAAACUGUAAAAUAUUUGUAUGAAGAAUAAAUGGAACUGAUGUGGGCAUGA